CAGUUGUUUUAUUUUGUAUGUCUGUUUCACGUCCGUCUACAUUAUAAAUUGUGGAAUUCUUAUUUUUACUAUAUUUCCUUUUUUUAAUAUCGUUACAAAGUUUACCUUUUUAAAUUCAUCGUGUUUUUGAAUCUUCAAAAUAAUUCUAUUCAAUGGAUUAUUUAGUACAACCAAGACUGAACUUUUAACCUAUGUUAAAAUCAUUUUUGCUUAUGCCUCCUAGUUUAUGUAUGUGUAAGAAGUAAACGAUUACAGCACUGACAACAUCGAAAAAUAAUAUCAAAAUGUCUGAUGAUGAUGUUGUACUAAUGGAAGUGGAUGAUGUGCAACCGGUCUCUAAGCCGGCUCCAGCAACUGUUGCUGUCAAGGCAACGUCUCAUUUGCCGUGGAUUGAAAAGUACCGACCACAAACUUUCGCAGAUAUUGUGGGCAAUGAAGACACAGUGUCAAGACUUGCGGUGUUUGCCCGGACGGGAAACGCGCCCAAUAUCAUCAUCGCUGGUCCCCCUGGUGUUGGGAAAACGACAACUAUACUUUGUCUAGCUAGAGCACUGCUUGGUACUGCAUUCAAGGAUGCUGUGCUUGAGCUGAAUGCCUCAAAUGACAGGGGAAUAGACGUAGUACGCAAUAAAAUUAAAAUGUUUGCUCAACAAAAGGUGACUCUACCAGCGGGUAGACAUAAGAUUGUGAUACUGGAUGAGGCAGACAGCAUGACAGAUGGAGCCCAGCAGGCCCUGAGACGCACAAUGGAGCUGUACUCCAGCACCACAAGGUUUGCUCUGGCAGCCAACAACAGCGAGAAGAUAAUUGAGCCAAUACAAUCUAGAUGUGCUGUUCUCAGAUACUCUCGACUUACUGAUGCACAGAUAUUAGCAAAAGUCAUAGAAGUAUGUCAGAAAGAGAACUUAUCAUACACCGAGGAAGGAGUUAAUGCUGUGGUUUUCACAGCCCAGGGAGACUUAAGAUCAGCUCUGAACAAUCUACAGUCCACAGCACAAGGCUUCAGGCACAUCAGCCCAGACAAUGUAUUCAAGGUGUGUGACGAGCCGCACCCUAUGUUCAUUAAGACCAUGCUUGAGUCCUGUUUGAAGCAGGACAUACAUUCUGCAUACAAGGUAAUGGCGAAGCUAGUGAAGCUGGGGUAUGCAGCAGAGGAUAUUGUGAGCAACAUAUUCCGUGUGUGCAAGGGCCUGGAGACCUCUGAGGAUGUGAAGCUGGCACUGAUCCGAGAGAUCGGAGUGACUCACAUGCGGCUGGCAGAUGGGCUCAGCUCCUCAUUGCAGCUAGCCGCUCUUCUUGCCCGGAUGUGUCAGGCAAACGCUUAAGUGAUCUGAACAUAGUGCCGGCCAUGUUGCAUAUUGUAUUGACAGAUAAUGAGAUUGUGUUGUGAAAUUUUAGUUCAUAAAUGUGAGAGUGUCUGUACAUUUUUUUCACCAGAUAUGUCUAUUCUAUUUUGUGUUGUCUUGUUAAAUCUCAGACCAUAUUUUUGUCACUCCAUGUUAUAUGGGCCACAUUCAAUUCUUCCCAUAUAACAUAAUUAGCACAUUGAGACUGUCCCCAUGAAGUAUGGAUAUAUGUUUGUAUUUUAUCAAUUGUAUCAGAUCUUGCCAAAUAUGUGUAUGUAAUCAUACCUUCAUGCAUGUGGGGGGUACAAAUGCAUAAAUACAUAUAAAGUUAUAACCUUAGAGAAUUUAUAAGUCUAGAUAGAGUCUCUUGCUGUUAGACAACUGAUAAAAACUGGCAGGAAAAUUAGUUUAGUGUGUGUGUCAAACUGUGUCUUACACUCGCGAUUUGUAUGACAUUUUGUGUUAGUGUGUGUGCAUUGCUCAAAAUGGAAGUUAGUUCUUAACUCAAAGUCUAUCUAGACAUAUAAAGAUUUAUUAUUCAAACAAAUCUUAUAACUAUAUUUACUGUAUUAUGACUACAUAUAAUUAAAACAAUCAUUAUGUGGAAGCGUACCAAGAAUACUGGCAGCAUUGGAUAGCAAGGCUGAUCCGUUGACCGAAAUAGCUACCAGCGCUUGGGUUUCCAGUAGCCUUAUUGAGGCGCGAAGAUAGUAUUUUGAACAUUCUCCACGCCUCUGGGCUCCACGGGCAUAUAAAUAAUCCAAGGUUAUAACUAUUAAGAUUUGUGUAAAAUAUUUGGAAAUGUCAAUUUUAUUUAUGUGAUAAUAAUAGUUUAUGUGAUUGUAGGUACACAAUGAAGGGUGUUAAACAUGUGUGGGUAAUAAUAAAAUUAUAACAUCACACAAGAGCUUUAAUGCCUAAUUAUCUACAGUUACAUACACUACUUUAUCUAACAACAUAUCAUAAACGUGCUUGAUGCAUUCAGGAGCCCACAUAUUAACACGAUAAAUUUUUACCAGUAAAGGACUGUAUUAAGGAAGUAACUGAUAUUAAAUUAGAGGCCAAAUCAAAUUUAGUAGUAAUAAAAAAAAAUCUAAUAAGAAAUUUGUUGUCUAUUUUUAUGGUGGUCAUAAUGUGCAGUUAUUGAACACAUCAUCAUUAUGGUAUUUGAGUGUAUAAAGGAAAUAAAAGGAAUUAGUAAGAAAA